AUGGAGAAGUCGAGUACUUUGGACUACAUCAACCAAAUGUUCCCUAUAGAAGCAUCUUUAUCAGGUGUGGAGCCACUGAUGCAAAAAGUACACAAUGAGAUACGUGUUGUGGAUACAGAAAUUCUUGCUGCUGUCCGUCAACAGAGUAAUUCAGGUACAAAGGCAAAGGAGGAUUUGGCUGCAGCUACACGUGUUGUUCAGGAACUCAUGUAUAAAGUUAGAGAAAUUAAAACCAAAGCUGAACAAAGUGAAACAAUGGUUCAGGAAAUAUGUCGUGACAUCAAAAAGCUGGAUUUUGCAAAAAAACACAUAACAACUAAAAUCACUGCCCUCCAUCGUCUUAAUAUGCUUGUGUCUGCCAUCGAACAACUUCAAGUAAUGGCUUCAAAACGACAAUAUAAAGAGGCUUCUGCACAGUUAGAGCUUAGGUAUAGGGAAAGAGACAGAGGAAAGCAGUUUGUUGCAGCAUUUAACAGAUGCUUGGACAGAGGAAAGCAGUUUGUGCCUUUGAAGGGGUAUGAUUCUCAUCACAUCACUGAAGAACAUCUAAGUGGCAAAAUAAUAUCACGUUUUGUUCUUCUUUGUGCCUUCGAAACUGCAAGAGAUGCUGGAGCACUUAGAGAACCUAAGGACAAACUGGAGAAGUGA